AUGCUAAACCUACGAGACACUCGCCCAGCCCGUUUGUUUUCUGGGAAACCCAUCGAGCUCGUUGCAGUCCCUUCGGGGAAUGAAGAAAGACCACCCGGAGAAUGGGCCAAACACGUCAAGAAGCUCGAUUACACCGUGGCUAAGCAAGGUGUCACCCUAAAGACUGAAGCCCUAGUGACCCUCGACAAAAUGGAGGCUAAGCGAGAGCUCAUGGUGCGGACCAACAAACCGUACCUGCCGAGCUCACUUGAGCACAGCAUUGGCGAGAGUGCUAGGAAAGUUGAAGCCGCCCUUGGUUACAUUGUUGGGGACCUCUCAAGCCCACCCUGCAGUUCCUGCGAACGCGGGUUAGGCCCGUUCCCACAUUGUGUGCGGGUUUAUGACUGCCAAAACGUGACGGCCUGUACGAACUGCCACUGGAGCGGGGAUUUAAACCGCUGCCAGUACUACGAUCAAACGGACCACACACACCAAACCGAUCCCGCUGGAUACAAUACCAAACUUAAGGGGAUUCUGAGUGACGCAGAAAUCUCCCUUACUUUGGCAGAGAAGGCCUUUCGCGGGAAUCAUGAGAUCGCUUUCCACGCACGACAAAGUCGUGAUGCUGUGCACGGUAUGAACGCAGCUGCUGCCAUACGGAACGAUCAACGCGUUGCUGACGAGUACGGGGUCAGCAAUGAGCACGCCCAACAAGUCGCGGUGAAAGUUAAAGAUGUCAACCUUGAUUUGUAUCAGCUUGUGGACCGGUUGAAGAAGGUGACCAUGGCGGUGGAAAAGCUUGUUAAGGAGGAAGCAGAUGCCAACCUUGGAAGCGCGAGUAUUAACUAA